AUGGCCACUGGCUCAAAAGAGACAGCGAUGGAGUCCCCAAUGGAUCUUUCAAAGCUCCCCCCGCUACCAAAAGAGCGACUGCCAUUCCUCCAUCGCCUCAACUGUUUCUUCCAGCUCUGGCUGCUCAAAUCUCUCGCCGCCGUCUACUUUCUAUACCUUCGCCUCUUCAAGCCCCCACCACCAAGCACCAGACCAACUCUGACCAAGCGCUAUCCCAGCCGACCAACUCUCGAAGUCCGCAUCUUCUAUCCAAACUCCUACAACCCCGCCAACCGCCAAAACCUCCCCCUCUACCUCAACAUCCACGGCGGCGGCUUCGUAGCAUGCGACGCCAGUGCCGACGACACCUUCUGCAGCGCCUGGUCCAAUCGAACAGGAAUGCUAGUCAUCAGCCUCAACUACCGCAAAGCCCCUCUCCACCCCUUCCCAACACCCACGUUCGACAUUGCUGAAGUAGCCAAGAGCGUGCUAGCGGACUCUUCCCUCCCAAUUGACCAUUCGCGUAUCACUAUCGGCGGCUUCAGCGCAGGUGGAACCCUCGCACUAUCAGCUUCGCAACUCCCCGGUCUCAAAGGUCUGAUUCGAGCAGCGGUGAUAUACUUCCCUAUUGUGGAUUUCAGCCAUCCGCCCAAUGAAAAGCUCGAUUCAAGACCUUAUAAGGCUGAUCCGGUGAUGAAUUCGUUGGAAAAGGCUUCCUGGGCCCUGGACUGGGGGUAUGUUAGUGUAGGGCAGGAUCGGAGAGAUCCGUUGCUUAGCCCGGUGUAUGCGGGGAGGGAUGAGCUGCCGCCAUAUGUGAAUAUGAUUGGGGCGGAGUGGGAUAUGCUUCGGCUGGAGGCACAGGAAAUGAUACAUGGAUUGGCUGGGUUGAAUGAUAGAACUGGGGUUGAGCAGGAAGAGGACUUUGAGGUCGGUAUGUAUAAGUGGACGUUGGCUAGGGGGUGUCCGCAUGCGUUCACUCAUUCGUCGCCGAGGAAGAAGCGAGGCAAUAGUAAGGAGAGGGAGAGGGUUGCACAGGAGAUUUAUGCGCAGGCCCAUGAGUGGUUGAAAAAGUCCCAGGCUUUACCGUAG